GAUGUUUAAAAAUAUGGAUGUUUAUUUCACAGUGUUUUCAAAAAAGGACUGACAUUAAUGUCGGCGAUAGUACUCCAAGUGGGAAGAUCCACUUUUAAAAAAAAUAUACUGACCAGUUAUUGCUUAGGCAAAAAAUUUAAAAAGUUUAUUACUAUGGUUAUAAAAUUAAUUUAAUAAAUAAUGUCUGAUGCUAAAUUAAUUAAAAAUAUACAAAGUACAUUUUCAAUGUAUGGUUUUAUUAUCACGAGAGAUGUAAGUACUUAUGUAGCAAGACAAUUAAAAAGUAUAGAAGCUGAUGAACGAGAAGAGUGGCUGAUAAAAAUAACAGAUCAAUUGUCAAAUUUAAAUUUAGAAACUCCACAUAUCACAUUGAAUCAUGUGAAAGAAGCGAUAAAAGAAUGUUUGCGACCUGAAGAUUCUCUUCAAGAGUCUGAAACAACAUUAAAUGUAAUAAAUGCCAGAGACAUUCCCAAAGUUCUGUAUGAUAUUGAAAAAAAAAAAUUUGUGAUAGAAAAAGUAACGUCAGAAUUGUUUGCCGAUGCUGUUCAUAAAUCUAGUAUUUUUCGCGAUCGUUUGGAAUUACUGAGACAGGUAACGCUGAAGCAAGAACCAUUUGCUCCACGAAAAUUAGGUGAAGUUCAUGCUGAGAAGUAUGAGUUGGUUCCAAUUGAAUAUUUAUUAAGUAAUUGCAGUAAACCUGGUGAAGUCUACGUUAUGGGAAUUUUAUCACAACUUACUGAAGGGCAAUAUUACUUGGAAGAUAGUGAUGGUUCUGUUAAACUUAAUCUUAAAAAAACAAUUUUUGCACCAGGAUUAAUUGCAGAAGGAUGUGUAGUAAUAGCACGAGGAAUAUAUGAGGAUGGUUUUUUACAUGUCCGAGAGAUGGGUUUACCACCAGCAGAAUCAUCAGCAGAGUCCCGAGUAUCAUUCGGUGCUGAAAAUACAUUCGGUGGUGCACACAAAACUUUAUUGAAACUAUCUGAAAAAUUAAAAAUUUACGAACAAUCCCACAGCAUGAACAUGAUUGUAUUUUUAUCGGAUGUUUGGCUAGACAAUUCCGACGUACUCGAUAAAUUGCGAGUAAUAAUGGACGGUUACUCAGAAGAUCCACCUGUGGCAUUCGUAUUCUGCGGACACUUUUUGUCAUCCCCACCGAGUUACUCCAGCGCGCAAAAAUUGAAAGAAGGCUUUAGAAAUUUGUCUGUGAUGAUAAAAGAAUAUCCAGAUAUUCAUAGAUUCUCAAAAUUUGUCUUAGUACCGGGACCACUGGAUUUGGGAGCUCCGAAAAUUUUGCCACGUGGCCCGUUACCUAAAACCUUGCUCGCGGAUUUCGUCAAAGCUGUGCCUAAUACUAUUUUAGCCAGUAAUCCAUGCAGAAUACAGUACUGUACUAAAGAAAUAGUUGUACUGCGUGAAGAUAUUUUAACUAAAUUCUGCCGGCAUACAUUUCGUUAUCCAGAGAAUGGUCACAUAUGGGAUCAUUAUGCGAGAUCAAUUAUUUGUCAAUCACACUUGGCCCCGAUGAGUUUGCCAGUGGUACCAGUUUACUGGAAAUAUGACCAUGCGUUACAAUUAUAUCCAUCUCCAGAUCUUAUUGUUGCAGCUGAUCAAUUCCAAGCCUAUUCCACCAGCUACACUGACUGUAAAGUUAUUAAUCCCGGUACGUUUUUACGUAACAAUUUUUCAUUCAAAGUUUACAAGCCUGGUACCGACGAAAUUGAAGAGUGUGAAGUACCAGCAGACGAUGAUGUAUAAAUUAAUAAUAAUAAAUUAAUUUUUUAUUGUUAAUAAAAAAUAAUUUUUUAGUCUCUUUUAAAUUUAUUUACUUUUUUGUGUAAUAAAGUCUAUUUUUUUCUUUCAAUUUUACAAUACUUUGGGAGACAUUGUUCGUUUUUUUUAUCAAUAACAAUAAUAAGCUUAACUUAGUAAUAUUUUUUUUUUUUUUUUUUAAUUAAAUUAAGAACAAAAUUAAAAAAUAAGUUAAAUAGUUAUAAGAUACUGAGUAAUUUAAAUCUUAUAAACAUUAAAUAUAAUAGUAAAAUUAAUAUUAUUUAUAAUUACAAUAAUUAAUGACAAUUGAUACUGAGGUAAUCGAUUGUAUCUUUACAUAGAAAUGAUUUUAAAAAAUUAAUAUCCUCAGGUAAAUGUGUAGAUAAUACAAUGCAAGCAAAAAAAAAAACAAUCCUGAUUACAAACUAUAAUUAAAACUAAAAAUUUAUCGUAUAAUUAUUAUAAUAAAUGAAUCUAUCAUA